AUGCUUAGAUAUUUAAGUAUAAAUAAAAUAAAUUUAAGCCCUCAAAAGGUGGAAAGUUCAUUAAAGAAACAAAAGGCCAAUGACAAUCCCUUGUUUAAAAAUCGUUAUGCUAUCUUAAGUGAAGAUGGAAAUAACGAACAGGUCCAAAAUUAUAGUGAUGGCCGAAAAUCAUUUAAACCACCUCCAAUAUUACUACGCGAACCCAGUUCGAAUAAUUUAGUGAAAACACUUAUUGACCUUAUUGGUAAGAAUAAUUUCCACAUUGUUCCCAUAAGAAGAGGUGUGCAAGAAACAAAAAUCUUUGUAUACACUGAGGACGAUUACAGAAAAGUCUCUCAAUAUCUAAAUGAUAACAAGAAAAAUUUUUACACCUAUCAGCUGAAAAGCAGUAAAGGCUUGAUAGUGGUAAUUAAGGGUAUAGAGUCCAGUGUAGAGCCAAACGAAAUCAAGGAGGCCUUGGAAGAAUUAGGCUAUAGUAUACGAAUUGUGGUCAAUAUCUUCAAUAGAGAUAAAAUUCCCCAAUCAUUAUUUAGAGUUGAGUUGGAGCCUGAUGACGGAAAAUUAAAAGGUAAUGAAGUCCAUCCAAUAUACUCCCUACGGUAUUUGUUGAAUCGCAGGGUAACAGUUGAGGAACCUCUCAAUCGUAAUAAUCCUGUACAAUGCGGAAAUUGUCAGGAAUUUGGACACACGAAGAACUACUGCAUUUACGAACUCUCGGAUUCUGAUGAGUAUCAAAAUAUCAAUGCUAUUAGGAAAAAAAUACGGAAUACUAGUGACCCCUUAAGUUUGCAAAAUAAUGAAUUUAGAAAACGAUUUAGGCUAUCGAAGGAAGCAUUCAAUUUUCUUCUUGACGAAUUAGUAUUUGAAGGGCAACUUUCUACCACAGUUCCACCAAAAAUACAAUUAGCUGCUACCUUAUCCCUUUUAGCUUCUGGAGGUUUCCAACAUUCAGUGGGGAAUGACUUUUUAAUAGGCAUUAGUCAAAGUUCCAUCUGUAAAAUUACAAAGCGUGUGGUGGAUGAAAUGGAGCGAAAACUUUGUCCAAAAUUUAUAAAGUUCAAUUGCAGAAAUAGUGACGAAUGCAAAGAGAACUUCAUGUCAAAAUAUAAUAUUCCAGGUGUUAUUGGCUGUAUUGAUGGGACCCAUUUUGGAUUGCAGAAACCUCGCAACGAGCAUAUGUUUUUUAACAGGAAAGGCUUUCAUAGUCUAAAUUCAAUGAUAAUAUGCGACCAUCAAUAUACAAUUUUAGCCAUAAAUUCUAAAUAUGGAGGAGCUGCUCAUGAUUCGUUUGUUUGGAAGGAAUCAGAAGAAAGAAUCCAUCUCGAACAAGAAUAUAAUAAUAAUUUAAGAAAUUUUUGGCUCUUAGGUGAUUCAGGAUAUCCAUGUGAACCUUGGUUGCUAACACCCUAUCGAAAUCCCCAAGAAAAUUCAAUGGAAUCGAAGUUUAACGAUAUUCAUUCCAAAGCAAGGUGUAUUGUCGAAAGGACAAUUGGAAUUUUGAAGGCCCGGUGGAAAAUUUUAUGUCACGAAAAACGAAGUCGUUAUAGUGCCGAGAAAAUAGCACAGUUCUCUAAUGUAUGUGCAGCUCUACACAAUAUUUGCUUACAAUUUAAAGUGCCCAAUUACGAAGACGUACAACAAACGCCAUUGGACACGGAAAUGCCUGAAAUAGAUACGGGAACAGAAACACAAAUAACCAAAGUGGGAAACAAAAUUAGAGAUAACAUAAAAAUAAGCUUAUGUUCUUAG